AUGGCCAAAAGUUAUAGUCCGGAGAACUGCCGAGAAAAAUAUCAAUUCGAGUCUGUUCGAUUAGCCAGUUUCAAAGAUUGGCCGUGCUCAUGGAUAAAGCCGGAAAGACUGGCGGCAGCUGGGUUUUAUUACACGAAAGAAGAUAAGGUAAAAUGUUUUGAAUGUAAACUGGAAAUCAGCAAGUGGGAAACGAGCGACAAUCCAAUGGCCGAUCAUCAACAAUGGUCCAGACGAUGUCGACCAUGUCGAUUUGUUAAAAGUUUCAUGCCCGUUUCCAAUCUGGAUGAUGAUGAUGUCAUCGAAAACAUCGGAAUGUCAAACAGAACGUUGUUAAAACCCAAGUAUUCACGAUUUGAGACUUAUGAAGCGAGAAUCAAUACAUAUGAAGCAUGGCCAAAAUCAUCUAAACAAACCAAACACGAUCUAGCAACCGCUGGAUUUUAUUACACAGAAAAAAAUGAUCAGACGUUAUGUUAUUAUUGCGGAGGAGCAUUGAGAGAUUGGAACCCGGAAGAUGUUCCCUGGGAGCAACAUGCAAAGUGGUUUGAAUAUUGUCCGUUCCUGAUUGUUCGCAAAGGACGCGAUUACAUAAGCGUUGUCAAUAACGGAACAUAUUAG